CGGAGUGGUGCGGUCCUUCCCCACGCUACAGACGCUGCUUCAGGUUUGACAGAGCCGCUAUUUACAGCUUGGAAUGCGGGAGAAGAGAGGGACCUGGUGCGCGCUCUACCGCCGCGGUUUCCACUUCUCUUUUUAGACAAGACAAACAACACAUAGAGGCUUUAGCCUACCGGAUCGGCAAGGUAAUUGUUUUUUAAUGUCCACGCGCGGACAGCGCUUUGCCUACCGGUGGCGGAGCGCGUUCUGCCUUCUGUACGGUUAAUAGCCAACACACCGCAUCACAGACGAGGAACAGCCACCGGUUCACUGCGGAGCUUAAUGUGAGUGAACCAGAUACGGCAAGUGCUUUCGCAACUAACUCAGACAUUUUCCAAGACAGACAGUCAUCCACCUAUGUGUCCUGCUGCUAGCGGUUGUAGGUUGAUCCGGUACUUUACUCAAAAUCAAUGUGAGACGGUGUGAAACGUGAGCUGUUAUUAAUUUGAGUUUUCCUGGAUAUUUCUUCUCACCAACAAUGGACUAAGAUUUGCGAGGAAACGACAACCAUUCCGUAGUUUCUUUCUUGUCUAAAUGCUAGAAGAUACCAUGACCCUUCUGUCUCUCCUCGGCCGGAUUAUGAGAUACUUUCUGCUUAGACCAGAAACCCUGUUCCUGCUGUGCAUCAGCCUGGCUCUGUGGAGCUACUUUUUCCACACGGAUGAAGUCAAAACCAUAGUCAAGUCCAGCAGGGAUGCUGUCAAAAUGGUCAAGGGUAAAGUGGCAGAGAUCAUGCAGAACGACAAAUUAGUGGGGCUCGACGUGCUGGAUGCAGAGUUCUCCAAAACCUGGGAGCUGAAGAGCCACAACGUGGCGGUGUACUCCAUCCAGGGCCGCAGGGAACACAUGGAGGACCGCUUCGAGGUUCUGACCGACAUGCUGAACAAGAGCCACCCCUCCAUAUUUGGGAUUUUCGACGGGCAUGGAGGAGAGGCAGCAGCAGACUAUGCCAAGGCCCACCUCCCCACCGCCCUGCGCCACCACCUGCUGGCCUACGAGAGGGAGAAGGAGAGGGAGAAGGAGAAGGAGAGGGAGAAGGAGAAGGAAGAGAGGGAGAAGGAGAAGGAAGAGAGGGAUAAGGAGAAGGAGAGGGAGAAGGAAGAGAGGGAGAAGGAAGAGAGGGAGAAGGAAGAGAGGGAGAAGGACAGCAAUGGACAGUCCUAUCCCUCUAUCCUGGAGAAGCAAAUCCUUGCAUUGGACAGAGACAUGCUGGACAAGCUCUCCGCCUCCUACAACGAAGCAGGCACCACCUGCCUGGUGGCCCUGCUGUCUGAGAAGCAGCUGACGGUGGCUAAUGUGGGAGACUCUCGGGGGGUUCUCUGUGACCAGGAGGGCAGAGCCAUCGCCCUGUCACAUGACCACAAACCCUACCAGCUGAAGGAACGCAAGAGGAUCAAGAAGGCUGGGGGCUUCAUCAGCUUUAGCGGCUCCUGGCGCGUGCAGGGCAUCCUGGCCAUGUCCCGUUCCCUUGGCGACUACCCCCUGAAGAACCUGAACGUGGUGAUCCCCGACCCCGACAUCAUGACCUUCGACCUGGACAAGCUGCAGCCAGAGUUCAUGAUCCUGGCGUCUGACGGGCUGUGGGACGCCUUCAGCAACGAGGAGGCCGUCCGCUUCGUCCGCCAGCGUCUCAACGAGCCGCACUUCGGUGCCAAGAGCAUCGUGCUGCAGUCUUUCUACCGCGGUUGCCCUGACAACAUCACCGUCAUGGUCGUCAAGUUCAAAGGGGCCGGCACCAAGGCUCCUGACCAGUAGUACACCCCCUGCUGGUCCAGGGCCCCGUGACCAGUAGUACACCCCCUGCUGGUCCAGGGCCCCGUGACCAGUAGUACACCCCCUGCUGGUCCAGGGCCCCGUGACCAGUAGUACACCCCCUGCUGGUCCAAGGCAUCCUGACCAGUAGUACACCCCCUGCUGGUCCAGGGCCCCCUGACCAGUAGUACACCCCCUGCUGGUCCAGGGCCCCCUGACCAGUAGUACACCCCCUGCUGGUCCAGGGCCCCCUGACCAGUAGUACACCCCCUGUUGGUCCAGGGCCUCCUGACCAGUAGUACACCCCCUGCUGGUCCAGGGCCCCCUGACCAGUAGUACACCCCCUGUUGGUCCAGGGCCUCCUGACCAGUAGUACACCCCCUGCUGGUCCAGGGCCCCCUGACCAGUAGUACACCCCCUGCUGGUCCAAGGCAUCCUGACCAGUAGUACACCCCCUGCUGGGUCUAGAUUGUAUAUGAAUAUAUGUACGUACAGUAUAAGCAUAGGUUUAUGAUAUAGAAUACAAGCCCUACGGUGUUUUGGAGCGAGAAGUGUUUGUAUCUGAGAUGAGAGUAGACCCUAGCGUGUCAUUCUGAACAUCCACAUGGUCAUUCAUCUUUUUCACAACAUUGAGUUCUCAUCAAUGUUUUAGGGAGACAUGUUGUUGUCAAGCACUACAGAGAGAAAUGAAUGAAAAGAAGGAAGGAAAGAAGGAAAAGAGAUCAAAAAGGAAAGAAGAAUCUGACCUAGCGUAGCUUAGCGUACCAUAGCUUAGUGCUGAUGGACUCUCAAACAUCUGAGGUCCUGUUUGGCUUGGGUGGAUGUGUGUGGUGUUCAAGAGUGUGUGGCGUGUGUGUGUGUGCGCGUGGUGUGUGUUUGUGGUGUGUGUUUGUGUCUGUGGUGUCUGUGGUGCGUAUGUCCGUUUAGCCAGAAGACUGCAUUGAAAAGCAGAAGCUGACCUCAUUGUUAAUACAAACAGAAUAUUCAAUAUAAACAUCAAUAUGAGCAUACAUACUAGUCUCUGGCGAAGUCAUUACAUCUUGAACAUUACAUUAAAGAUGAUCUCAAGGGCACAAAGUCUCUGCAGCAUGUUGUUAAAGAUAUCAUGUCUGUGUCUUCAGUUCAGAAUUAUUUUCUCAAGAGAGGUGAUGCUGUGCCAUCUGAACUUUCACCUCUGAUUCGACCACUUGCAGCACACUGGCAUUUCACAGGUGGAUUCGGUUUAGUUGGGUUCAGUUCAGUUGGAUUUGAUUCAGUUAGGAUUGGUCCAGUUGGGUUCAGUACAGUUGGAUUUGGUUGGGUUCAGAUCAGAGAUGAAAAACUGAAACACUGCUGCAGUUCCCAUCCUCAUUUCCCCUCUUAAACAGUUCCAGUCUGGUUUUUAGUUUUGGAUUCCUGUAAACGUGUCACCACCAUGUUCUCUGAAGCCUUUGAAUGAAAACACAUACUUGUUGCCUUAUUUUUGUGAACUUUUUAUUUCCUCAUGAAUUGUUUGCCAAAACGAACGUUUUAGUUCCUACUAUAGUGCAGCCUGCAUGAAUACAUCACCUGUAGAAGAGCACCUUGAGAAAAUUAUAACGCGCUGAGUUGUCAUGAAUGUUUUGGGGUCAAGUUUUAGGCUGGCACUGCAGAGUGAACUGUUUCUCUUAAAUAAGAUAUUACUGGGUUUCUCAGAAAGAAGGAAAGACAGAAAGACAGAGAGACAGAGACAGAUUUGUAAAGUGAAUGUAAAUACUGUUUCCUGUGAGAUCUCCCGUCCUUCGUCUGCUAACUGGUUCAUUAACAGAAACGCAGAUGUACUUGUUUUGAUGUGCUUUAUUCAGUUGAACAUUCUUUCAGAAUAAUGUCUGUACCAUGUCUGUGUUCCUAAAUGUCCCUGUGGAAUUUGUACUUUUUUUGUGUGUGAAUUUGCUGAAAAUAUACAAAAAAAAGAUAGAAUCUGUCAACUUUAAUAUGUAAAUCAAACAGAUAACAUUAAAUGACAACUGAUAAUAA